AUGUCCGAUCAUCGGUACAAAUUCAACGUCAAGAUGGGAUGCUCCGGCUGUUCCAAUGCUAUCAAGGAGGCUCUUGGACCACUGAGCGGACUUAAGUCCCUCGAUAUCAGCCUUGAACAACAAAUCGUUUCCGUCGUCGCUGAACCCUCACUUUCAUAUGAUGCCGUGCUCGCAGCGAUCAAGGAAAAGGGCAAAGAAGUUCACAGUGGCGAAGCUGAUGGGAUCCUUCAGCCUAUCUAA